AUCCCGGGUGCUCUCUGGCGCUGAAUCAUCCUGUGGCCUAGCCUAAACACACCAGAAUCAUGUUCAAAUACUCAUUUUCUCGUGGGUUGGCCGCGUCCAGCUUCCGACGACACCUGUCGUCGCUGGCUGGUUCCGGCUUAAAGAUCAAUUCCGAUCGGCUGUUGGAGACCCUUCACCACACCUGUCAAUGGGGUGCGGCUCAUCGAUACGGCAACGGCCCGACCGAGACCGGCAUGAAUCGACUAUGCUUGACAGACGACGACGCCAGAGUACGCCGAUGGCUGCUGGACGAAGCCGAGAAGCUAGGCUGCGACGUCACAAUCGACCAGAUGGGCAACAUGUUCGCGAGACAGCGCGGCGCACUCAACUCCCCAGCGCCCAUGACCGCGAUGGGCAGCCACCUCGACACGCAGCCGCGGGGUGGUCGGUACGACGGCAUCCUCGGCGUCAUUGCCGCGCUCGAGGUGUUGCGGACGAUGAAGGACCACGGCUACCAAACCCAGUUCGACAUCGGAUUGGUGAACUGGACCAACGAGGAGGGAGCCCGAUUCCCUAAAUCGAUGUGCUCCUCCGGCGUCUGGGCGGGUGAAAUCCCCAUCGAGAGCGCCUGGAAGCUGGCGGAUAUCUUCGACCCGUCAGUGACCCUACGCUCGGAGCUGGAGCGCCACGGCUUCAUGGGCGACAUCCCCUGCUCGCCCAAGGGUUACCCACUGGGCGCGCACUUCGAGCUCCACAUCGAACAGGGACCCAUUCUGGAGGAAGCCAACAAGAAGAUCGGGGCGGUGACAGGAGCCCAGGGCUACCGGUGGCUGACGAUCAACGUGACCGGACGCGACGCACACACAGGCACGACUCCCCUCAGCGCGCGUCGCGACCCUCUCCUCGCCGCGUCGAAGAUGAUCGCCGCGUCGAACGCCGUAGCGAAGCGACACGGCGCGCUCGCAUCCACGGGCGUGCUCAAGCUGCCGCCGACCUCGUCCACCAACACCGUCACCUCCGAGGUGACCUUCACGCUCGACAUCCGGCACCCCCGCGAUAGUGUGGUGCACACCGUGCAGGACGAGUGCCUGGGUCUGUUCGCUGAGAUCGCGCGCGAGGACGGCAAGGGCGUAUCCUUUGAUUGGAAGGUGGAUACCGAUUCGGCGGCCGUGGAGUUCGAUGCGGAUUGCCUCUCGGCCGUCAAGGAGGCUGCGGCUCAGCUCGUUGGCGCUGAUGGCUGGCUCGAGAUCACGAGUGGCGCCGGCCAUGACAGUGUCUACACCAAUAGACACUGCCCCACCGCGAUGAUCUUCGUGCCUUGUAUGGAGGGUGUCAGCCACCAUCCGGAGGAAUAUUGCAAGCCUGAAGACUGUGCUCUCGGAACGCAGACACUGCUCGAGUCGGUUGUCAACUACGACCGUAUGCGGAGCAAGCUGAAUUAGACGGCAGCUGUUGGAAACGAACGGAAAAAAGCACUAGUGCUUACUCUUUUGACCAGCUUUAUAGCUGAUUCGGCUGCUGGGCUUCCGUCCAUGGCAGGCCCACCAAAUAUCGAUCAAUCCGUUGGACUCAGCCACGAAACCCGGGAUCCGGCCAUAUUGCAUCUGCUGCCCACGAGCUUGAAAUCAGUACCAGAAGUACGGAGAAUACUCAUGUCAGAGAGGGUGAGAUGGUCCCGGUACACAUUGUAUACGGC